AUGUCCAAUUGUAACGCCUCCGAAUCGCUACCACUCAAUAAAAGGAGGAAGAAGACGAAUGAGGAGGCGUCUCCGUCGCCGACUGGGUUCUUAUGGUCGUUGCCAAACGAAGUGUCUUUGAACUGCCUGGCUCAGGUCUCGAGAGCGGACCUCGCGGCCUUAGCUAUCACCUCCAAGGGCCACCGCAAUAUCGCCAAAUCCUAUGAGCUCUGCCACUUGAGAUGGCAGAUGGGUUGCUUCGAGGCAUCCACCGACGUCUGCUUGCGCAUCUUUCCUGAACCAACCCCACGCUGGUUCAUCCUCAACCCUAACCGUCGGCUUAGCCCGAUCUCGUCGAACCGUCGUCAGGCUCCGCAUUCAUCCUCAUUCGUGGCGGUGGAUGGUGGGGUCUACGUGAUCGGUGGGGUAAGGUACGGCGAACCCAUAUCGGAUGUAUGGUUCCUCGACUGUUUCACUCACACAUGGCAACGCGCGCCGUCCAUGAAUACGCCUCGUGCUUCCGCAGCGGCAGGCCUCCUAGAAGGGAAGGUACACGUGUUUGGAGGAGUCGCUGAUUGCCCCAACGGGGCAGAUAAUUUCGAGGUAUUGGAUCCAAAGACCCAAACGUGGACGUCCUCGUUAAUGAAACCAGCUGCGGGUAUUGUGGAGAAUCAUCUUGUCGCGAGGGAUAUCAAACAUAGUGUGGUGACAAAUGAUGGGAAGAUGCUUUGUCUGGUGGAUGAGGCUGGACAAAGCUUCUGCAUGGCGCCAAGUCGAGGUGUAGGGUAUGGAGACAUAGAUUCUAAGCCAGGGAGCAGAAACGAUUGGUGCGACAUUGGAGGAGACUUGUACUGUCGUGGUACUCGCGGGAGGAUAUUGUGGUGUGAUCAUCUUGACUGGAAGGAAGUGAAGGGUUUGGAAGAGCUGCAAGACCAUCUAUGUGGUUGGGGACAUCGGUGGGGUCUGCCCUCGACCAAGGUCAUAUACGAUAUCACUAGACUUAGCGUAAACUCAUCAACUGGGAACCUUGUCAUUUACUGGAGCGCGCAGCUUGAAGAUGAUCCUGAGAGUUUGGAGCUUCGUUCUGCUGAGAUUUCGGUGGAGAAGCGCGAGGGAGGAGAGGUUUGGGGGAAAAUUGAGUGGUCUGGUUCGGUCUUCAAACUUGAUCCUCUCUCGGACUCAUAUAACGUUAAGGUCUUAUUUUUCUGCUUCUGUCUAUGUCUGAAAUUUGUGUUUUCAAUUGUAGUUUGA